CCGCACCGCCGCGACCCGGGUCUCGCCGUCUCCGGCUGCGCACUCCCAGAUCUCGACUCGUCAGUCCUCACUCCGUCUCUGUCCCGUGCGGAAUCCAGUGACUGUGGCCACCGUCGUCCGCGCCUGAUUCGGGUCGGGAUGGGCAGCAGCACCAGCACCUUCGUCAUCAGGUGGAUCAACUUCUUCACCAUGAUGCUGGCGAUACUGGUGGUGGGUUUUGGGUUCUGGAUGAGCACCCACAACGACGAGUGCAGACGGUCCCUCACCAUCCCUGUCAUGGCUCUCGGAGGAGUAAUUUUUCUCAUGUCGCUUGCAGGAUUUGUUGGUGCUUGGAAGAACAUUUCGUGCUUGCUCUGGACAUAUCUAACAAUGCUGUUCGUGGUCCUGGUGGCAAUCAUGGUGUUCACUGUGCUUGCGUUUAUCAUUACAAAUACUGGAUCUGGACAUGCUGUUCCUGGGGCCAGAUAUAAAGAAUAUCGCCUUCAGGAUUAUAGCUCUUGGUUCAUCAAACAGCUCAACGACACUGAAAAAUGGACCCAUCUUAGAAGUUGCCUUGUGAAAUCGGAUGAUUGCAGUAGCCUGUCAAAAAGAUACAAGACUCUAAAACAAUACAAGCUUGCUGAUCUGACUCCCAUUGAAUCUGGCUGUUGCCGCCCACCGGCUGAGUGUGGAUAUCCAGCUUUGAAUGCUUCCAACUUUGAUCUGAGCUUCCAUCCGGUGAGCACAAACGUCGACUGCAAACUGUACAAAAAUGACAAGUCCCUAAGGUGCUAUGACUGCAAUUCUUGCAAAGCUGGCGUAGCACAAUAUAUGAAAACAGAGUGGCGGGUGGUUGCCAUCUUCAACGUGAUAUUGUUUGUUAUUCUGUCAUUGGUGUACUUUGUUGGGUGCUGCGCACGUCGGCAUGCUGGAGGUAGCGAUUCUAAACUUCCUGGAAGAUGACAGCCUUCCUUUGAAGUGGAUCCUCUCUGUGUCAAGCAAGAGUUAGAUUUGAUGUCCCUUGUGAUAACAUUGUUCAUUCAAGUUUAAUUAAUGAAAUGCAAUGCCGAGGCUUUUAUUAUGUGUUGCUUGGUGUGCUCUGUACUUGAAUGAGAAAAAGUGGCGAGCCCCUUCUGAAAUACUGCAACCUU